UCCAAAUUUUGUCAAAUCUUGAUAAAAGUUUACGUAUCCCGUUUAAAUUUCGCUCGUUAUUUCAACUACAAUUGUCACAGUUUCACAGAUGCGUCCAAUUGUCCGUCAUUUGUCAGGUAAGACCUUGUUACGCUUUCACGAUAACGUUACUUUGCAGUUUUUAUUGACGCUGGUGGUAACUGCGGUCACGGCGAGACCCUCCUUGUACGAAGGCCACGGUCUUGGGGCGGAUGAGCCGAAACUCAUCUCACAAUCGAUACAUUUACGCGAGGUGCCGACCAAGGUGAUCAAGGUUACCAAGACGGUGGCCAUCAAGGUCCCCGUGCCAUAUCCUGUUAAGGUGCCUCAUCAUAUUCCGUUUCCGGUGCCAGUGAAACAUCCCGUGGCGGUUCCGGUGCCGCAGAUAGUGAAAGUGCCGCAGCACGUGCCGGUGCCGGUGGAGAAACCAGUUCCGGUGGAGCUGCAUCAACAGGUGCCGCUGGUGGUUUCUAAACCAGUUCCGAUACCGCAUCCGAUCCCCGUACCGCAUCCAGUCACUUUGACGAGGCCGGUUUUCAUACCGGUGCCAAAGGCAAUCCCGAUUCCCCAUUCGAAUUACGACGAUGGUGGACUCAUUGCUGGAGGUGGCGGAGACGAACACAUUGGUCAUGAGACUGCCAACUACAGCUCCUACUCCGUCAACGUUCAAAGUCAUGGAGUCCAUGAUCAGCAGGAUGGUGACCAGGCGCAUUUCCAACCCUCCCAGCCUGACUACUCGGCGGAACAUUAACUCUCGAGUUUCAAAAGAGCUCGGAUAAAUUUUAAUUAUCGCAUGUGACACGUACGGUUAACUGAUCGCUUUCGAAAGUAGGCCAAAUAUUACGGGAUUCGAGUAAGAUACGAAUAUGAAAUGACAUGGCGGCCUUUUUUGAAAAUUCGAUUUAUAUUAUAACGAUCAGCGAUUGAUGAUUGAUCAAUGAUCAAUUUUUAUGCAAUCUUAUUAUUAUUCAAUGAUUGAAUCACUCGUCGUUCGCGAAUUUGACUUAUUAAAUUAGGAUUCUUUCAAUUAGUUAAAAAUUCUUUUUAAUUAGGUUAAGAGGAAAAAAAGAAGGAAGGGAUCAUAAUAAUUUUUGUUAUAAUAUUAUUUUUCCACAUUUCUCCACAUAAUUCAAUACGGUUAUAUGAUUACGGAAGAUUGUCGAUCAUCAACUAUUCAGAAUUAAGGUGAGAUUAUAGAUUAUACUUGUACAUAGACAAAUAAGUUUUCUGAAACAUGUUGAGUUUUUGUUUUUGCUACGUUUGUGUAGAUUCUUGAUGUUAUACAUUAUUGUUAAAGUUGUAGAGUGAUUUUUUAAUAAAACAUUUAUACAUGUUAA